CCCAGUUCCGUUAGCGGCACUUCGGCUUCCGGUGCGGCGGGUGACGGAGCUGCCGGGCCCGGGGCCCCCCGAACCCCUUCGGGACCCCCCCGAACCUCUUUGGGCCCUCCGAACCUCUUUCGGGACCUCCCGAACCCCUUCGGGAGCUUUCGGGACCUUCCGAGCCCUAUUCGGGACCGCUCGGGACCCUCCGAACCCCCUCGGGAUCCUUCGGCCGCUUCGGGACCUUUCGUGCCCGCUCGGGACCGUUCGCUCCCUCCUCAGGCCGCCAUGACCCGGCACGGGAAGAACUGCACGGCCGGGGCCGUGUACACGUACCAUGAGAAGAAGAAGGACACGGCGGCCUCUGGCUACGGAACCCAACGCGUCCGCAUCGGCCGUGACGCCGUGAAGGACUUCGACUGCUGCUGCCUCUCGCUGCAGCCCUGCCGGGACCCUGUCGUCACCCCCGAUGGGUUCCUGUAUGAGCGUGAGGCCAUCGUGCGGUACCUGCUGCACUGCAAGGGGGAGCUGGCGCGGCAGAGGAAGGCCUAUCGGCGGCAGCAGCAGCGGGAGCAGCAGCAGCAGAGCCCCCUGGCGGCCGCCGGGAGCACUGAAGACCCUGCCCCCGGCCCCUCUGGGACCCUCCCGAGCUUCUGGAUCCCGUCACUGACCCCCGAGGCUGGAGCUGAGCGGCUGCGUAAGCCUGAGGGGGGCGCGCGCUGCCCCAUGAGCGGGCGGCGCCUGCGGCUGCGGGACCUGGUGCCGGUGCGGUUCGUGGCGGCGGAGCCGGGGCUGCGGCGGCGGCAGCUGCUGGCGCGGGCCGAGGGGACGCGCUACGUGUGCGCCGUGACGAGGGACGCGCUGGGCAACGCCACCCCCUGCGCCGUGCUCCGGCCCUCAGGGGCCGUGGUGACGCUGGACUGUGUGGAGCGGCUCAUCCGGAAGGAGAUGAAGGACCCGGUGACAGGAGACCCCCUGACCGAGGCGGACAUCAUCGUGCUGCAGCGGGGUGGAACCGGAUUCGCCGGCUCCGGGAUCUGUCUGGAAGCAAAGAAGUCCCGGCCCGUGAUGCAGGCAUAGGGGGGGACCCCAAAACCCCCCCAAAACCCCCCCAAACCCCCCCAGCACCCCCUUAUCCCACUCUGAACCCCCCAACCCCACCAUCAAUCCCCCCCAAACCCCAUUGGGGGGACCCCAAACCUUCCCCCCCCCCCAAUAAAGGUGUUUGUGUGUUUGGCUUCAUGA